AGAUGUAAUGGUGUGUUGGUGGGGACUCUUCAUUCAUCAUGCUGGUGUUUGGUUUACUUCCUUUCGUUUAUCACUUCUGACUACAGAGAAACAUGGUUUUCUACUUCACAAGCGCCGUUGUUACUCCAGCCUAUACCAUCUACAUGGGUAAAGACAAACAUGAAAAUGAGGAUCUUAUAAAAUAUGGCUGGCCUGAGGAUAUUUGGUUUCAUGUGGAUAAACUCUCCUCUGCCCACGUCUACCUUAGAAUGCCCAAAGGAAAGACGAUAGAUGAAAUACCUAAAGAGGUCCUGAUCGACUGUGCACAGCUAGUAAAGAACAACAGCAUUCAAGGGUGCAAAAUGAACAACAUAAAUGUCGUUUACACACCAUGGAGCAACCUGAAGAAAACCGGGGACAUGGACGUGGGCCAGAUUGGCUUUUACCGCCAAAAAGAGGUGAAAACUGUUGCUGUAGAAAAGAAAAUCAAUGAAAUCGUCAAUCGGUUGGAAAAGACAAAAGAGGAGCAAUACCCUGAUCUUGCAGCCGAGAAAGAAUCACGAGACAGAGAGGAACGGAACGAGAAAAAGGCUCAGAUUCAAGAGAUCAAGAAAAAGGAAAAGGAAGAAACAAAGAGCAAAAAAGAGCAGGAGGAUUUAAGGAAUUACACGUCACUCAUGAAGAGCGAUAACAUGACCACAAAUGAGGACGGCAACGAUUCAGACGAUUUCAUGUAAUAAACUUUCCUGUUGAGAAGAACCGACAUCUUUCACAGUUUUGCUCAGAUUCACAGUGCACAUGCUCGGAGAAAUAACAAACCCUGCAUGCAGUGCAUCUGAACGAGUACACGUGCCAUUAAAGCAUUCCGGCUGAAAAAUCUGACUUAAUGGAAAUUUAAAGACUUUCAGGAUAAAGCUUGACUGCAGAGAGGAGGUGUGCUUGGACUGGUCAUAAAAUAACCUUUACUGGAUGUUUGAUCAUUUUUCUAUGCUGCAUUUGAAAUGUGGGCUGUUUAAGGGUUUCAGCUUUGAUUAGAUUAGAUUAAAUCGCAUGCACUGGUUUUAUUACUUCAGAUUAAGAUCUGCGAAUGAAUUGCUGUGCAUUUAAGUGUGGCCAGAAGUGUAUGAUUGCAUCUAUCUAAAUCUAAACUCGGCUCAUUUCCUGUUUGUUUAAGAGAUGCAAAUAAAUAAACGUUGAAUUUAUAAACUUCA